AUGCGAGCGCUAGCAUCAAAUGAAGCAGUCGAGCCAGUGUUGCUUUUCCUUGCUUUGCAUAACGAUUACAAUGUCAUCACUGAGCUUAAUGAUAUGUCGUUGCGCUCAAUGGCAACAACGAACUUCCGCAACGUUAUUGGCUACUUCGAGAAGUGUAACAUGGAUGGCUGCGAAAAACAGGAUGCGGUCGAUUCACAUUUGCUGCACCUCGUGUUGAAAGGAUUGCACAAUGAAAACGAGGUAUGCUAA